AUGGAACCUACAUCGCGGCUCUUGGCUCUACCAGACGAGCUACUUCAGCUUGUUCUUUAUUUCCUUGAGCCUUUCGACCUCGCGGACACCGCACAAUGCUGUCGGCGGUUGGCCUUGCAAAGCUACGACGAUCGAAUAUGGCGUCCUUUAGUCAACGAAUCUCUUCCGAUACCCAUUUCCAGCCCAAGUCCGGCGCCAUCGUUCCGGGACUUGUAUAUCGCACAUCAUCCGCAUUGGUUUCUAGUGAAGAAUAAAUUAUGGUAUACAGAUUCCGGGCCAGCCGGUAAAUUAAUCAUCGCGACAUACGAUGCGUCAAAUGCGGCGAUUGUUGCGCAUAGCGUCACCGCAAGUCGAACCCAUGAGAUUCCCGACUUUCAUCUCUGGGAACUGGACCAUCGUGUGAUGAUUCACAAUUUCAAACCAGAAGUUCGUUUGCAUUGGGCCGUGCCCGCUUUGAAGAUCGGCUACAACAGUGAGCUCGUCAAUGAUCCAGAAAAGAGCGAUCAAUACCCUGAAAACGACGCAGAUGAGAAGCAGCGCGUCUCACGUUACGGUCGAGAAAUUUUAAUGGAUAUAUUCAAGGAGCCCGGGAUUCAAUGCUCCUUCAUUCUUAGCCGCAAGUUACCUGAAGUAAUCACGGACCCUAACACCGACAUAUGGCCUCCUUUACGACUCCCAUGUCUCGACCGUACCCGCAAUGACCACGAUAUGAACGGUCAAAUGCAUCGAGGCCAUGCACCCACGCGCUUCUCCGAGACCAGUCAAUCAACCUUUCGCGUUCGACGGUGGGCGGAUUUUGGAAAACCUCGCGCACAGUCAUCCUCACGAGUCGUCGGUUCACUCAUCAAUGCUCUCGGUCUAUUGGGCGCUCCCGAUACAGUCCGCCGACCAGACGUCAUUGCCACCUGCGCCACUCUGCCACUGGAUUCCUGGCGGCCUACACCGGAGAAGCCGUGGCAGGGGAUCUGGGUUGGGGAUUACAGCGGACACGGAUGUGAGUUCUUGUAUAUCCGACAACCCGACGCGGCUGAAGCUUUACCGCUCCCGGAAGGCCUCGAAUGGCUACAAGCCGAGGUCGACGCAAACGGUAGCAGUCUCGGACAGAACUUGACCGGCAGCGAGCCUCGCGCAGCAUCAGCUGCUUCGGCCGCUACAGCGGCGCCAGGUACAAAUCCUGCCGAGGGUGGUCUUGCAGAUGAUGAUGGUCAACAUCCUCCCUCGGGCCGUCUUGAAGCGAUCAAAUUGACUGGCGACCCUAACAUUCCUCGUGGUCAAUAUACCUUCAUAGCGCCCGACAUUGGGAGUGCGGGGUUUCUCCGUGUGGCGGACGAAGAGAGCUUCCGAGGUGCACGCGUCGUUCGAAGUGUAGGCCACCUUGCGGGACGAGGAUUUGUCGAUGACGAUUACUCGCCCUCACAGCUCAUCAUGAUCUCACACAACCGUCUCGCACAGUACUGGGAAGGUUUCGGACAUAUUUCGCAUUUCGAGCGUGUAGAUAUCGAUGCAUUGGUGUACAGUAAGGCUUCAAAGAGUACUGCUGCUUCAGCGUCUCUGCCUCCAUCGUGA